AUGGCCAACGAACAGACGUGCUCGCCCUCCAUUAAUUUAAAUACACAUGAAAACAUGUGUAAGGGACGCAUUCAGCAAAGACGUUAUCCAGCUACCUGCAAUAUGCUUAAGAAACCAAGAUGUGUUCCUCACACCCAGAUCGAACUAUGCACAGUUUUAUUUGCCUUUUCAAACAUGAUAUCUGCAUCGACGACCGAUACCUUCACCCAAGUGAUCAUUAUCGGAGCAGGUAUGUCAGGUCUGGCCAUGGCCUGUCAGCUCAAAAAGCAACUUUGCUGCGAGGACUUUGUCAUAUACGACCGAGCUCCUAGCUUUGGAGGAACUUGGUACUUUAACAAGUGUUGCGGAGUCGACAUCCCUGCGGCGUUCUAUAGCUUUUCCUUCGCUCUAUACCCCCAAUUCACCUGCUUCUUCCCGAAGCAAGAAGAGAUAUUGCAAUAUAUCCACGGCGUUGCAGACGAGUUCAGCGUGGCUCUGAAACUGGUUGGUCAUACAGAGUGGGAGGGGGCAGACUGGCAGGAUUCUGAACAGUGCUGGGAAGUGAGACUGAGGGAGAUCCCGAGUGGUCGGAAGUUCACUCGUCGUUGUCGAAUUCUUAUCUCGGCUGUGGGGGGACUGACGAAUCCCAAGCAUGUCAUGCUGCAAGGAAUAGAAAGAUUCCAAGGGAAUAUAGUGCAUACAGCACUGUGGGAUCAGGAGACUGCAGUCGCAGGGAAAAACGUCAUCGUCAUUGGAAAUGGAGCGUCAGCCACCCAGUUUAUCCCAGCUAUUGCCGAUGAUGCCGCCUCUAUAAAUCAGUUUAUUAGGCAUGUGAGGAAGUGUGCGCCAGAAGAGCAGUAUUGGUCUCUCCUUACCCCAGAAUACUCUAUCGGGUGCAAGCGCCGCGUGUUUGAUAAUGACGGUUACUUGAAAUGUCUACACCGACCCAAUGUCGACAUCACAAAUGAUCCAGUUGUGGCAGUGGAGGAGCAGUCUAUAACAACGCAAUCUGGGAAGAGGUUUCCGGCAGAUUUGAUUGCCGAUGUUGACUUGGAUUAUGGAAGGUGUUUGCGACUGGGUUCUCUCUCUCGCAGUACGAUGUCGACCGGCGAGGUCGUAAUGGGCGUACGCGACAAGAACAUUGGAACCGUUUCGGCUGCAUACAAGCAUUUGAGACGGUGGCCAUGGCGGAAUUUCCUAACUUUCUCUACAUUCUCGGACCCAACUCUGGCAGGGGCCAUACAUCAACUGUCUAUUCAAUUGAAAGUUUCAGUUGUGAUAAAACAAGCGAGUGAAGAACGGUUUAACACGAAGUUGAAGUCUGCACUUAGGAAGACCGUCUUCACAAAUAUGUGCAGAAGUUUGCCAGCCUCGACAAUCAGUCUCGUCCGUGUUCUAACCGUUGUGGAAGAGAAGCCCUCCCUAUCCUUAUUAUGA